AUGGCCGGCCACACAGAAGUGAACAUCCUUGAAAAAGAUUUCCAGAUCUUGCUAUCUCUGGGUUCUGGCUCAUAUGGAGAGGUGAAACUUGCCUGUCACCUUCCCACAGGCACAAGGGUGGCUGUCAAGGUCCUUGAUAAAAACAUCAACAGUGUGGCUGACAUCACUUUGGAGGUGGAACUCCUUCAAUCUUUAGAACACAGAAACAUUGUUCGAUUUUUUCACAUGAUCGACACACUGACAGCAAGUUACAUUAUCAUGGAAUAUGUGGCAGGAGAGGACCUUGAGAGCUGCCUCAGAUCACUGGGCUGUAUGAAAGAGGAGGAGGCCAGACCUAUUUUCCAGCAGGUCGUGUCAGCGGUUCACUUCCUCCACCAAAGACGCAUUGCACACCGCGAUAUUAAAUUAGAGAACAUUCUGGUCGAUGCGGCAGGCAAUGCAAAGCUUUGUGAUUUUGGUAUGGCAAUUAAAAUCACAGAAGGGCAGAUGUUGGAGGAGAUCUGUGGCUCCUUGCUCUAUUGGGCCCCAGAGAUCUUGGCAAGGAAACCCUAUGAUGGGCUGGCAGGUGACAUGUGGAGCUUGGGCAUCGUCCUCUAUGUUCUGGUCACGGGGCACUUUCCAUAUCUAGAAGCUACCACUGAGGAUAUGCACAGGCUCAUCACUACUACGAUGUGUCCCAUUCCUUACCACUUGUCAAAACCGUGUCACAUCAUAAUUGCACGUUUACUCAUGGUCCCCACCUGGUACAGGAUGACAAUAUAUCAGCUGGUGGAACGACCGUGGCUGGGCCCCAUUCAAGAACAUAGGCUGCUUGCCACAGAAGGAAUACUUCCCAGGAUCGUGAACACAAUGUGCACCAUUGGUUAUACCUGUGAAGAGAUUGUGUCAUCCCUAACACACAGGCAAGUCAAAGGUGAAGUAAUGGCAACCUUUAAUAUUUUAAAACACCAGCUGAACUGUGGGGACAGCCAUCAAGAAGUGGAGAAGCCCUGGGCAAACAGCAGCCCUGCAGGUGCUCUUAGCCUACUUCCAGCUUUGAAGAGGAGGGCGAGUGAACCUGUUCCUUCAACCCGUAUAGAAGCUGGCAAGAGUCACUUUCAGGAGGAUGGUGUGGAAGAAAGAGGCGAGAGUUGCAGAAUGUACCCCAUGUUCACCAAAUACUCCUCCGUGGACCUAAUGCCCUGUUCAGAUGACCCAGUGCCAGAAGGAUAUUCUCUGACAGUUAACAUCACUAAUACUGCUACAGAGGACAUUGCAGUCAACAGAAAUUCUAUGGACAGCCUACGUGGCGAACACUUCUCUCCAUUAUCAGCCCAGGAUGGAACAUCCACAGGGUUUGUGAACAUGGGCUUUUUUGAAGAAGAACCAUCCCCAGAGCUCGACAUUUCCAGGGACCAGCCCCAAGUUGGACCCAUAGCUUCUGCUUCUAGGCCACUUCGGGGCUGGAAGCUGAUGAAGAAGCGAAUUUUCCGUUUCCUGGAAGCAUGCUGCUGCUGCUGCUGUCUGCCCUCCCCGUGGUGA